UCCGCGUUCUAGCAAGAGCAUUGCACACAAGUGGAAGGGAAUGUGGAAACCCACAUGUGACCUGUCACUUCGGACAGGAGGUGGAAGCAUAUGUAAAGUUUUGGAGACAUGGGGGUGUAGGCUUUCUUUCCCAAAUUCAGCAAAGUCCUUGUCCUCGUCCUCAUAUACCUCUCAGACACCCCUUCGAACCCAGGCAGAGAAGGAGAAACGGAGAAAAGUGCGGGAAAAAGCCAUACAUAGCAGCGAUGUUGAUAACAAAGGGAUGAAAUGGACAGAAAAGGAGAAAAUAACAUACCCCCUGGACACUCUUCCUGGAGACAAGAAAGACACGACUCUGCCCUUCCCUCAGUCCUACAGCCCUCAGUAUGUAGAGUCUACAUGGUACCAGUGGUGGGAGGAAAAGGGGUUCUUUCGUCCUGAACAGCAUGAGAAACUGCCACAGGCUGUCAAUCAGUACUUCUCCCUGUGUAUCCCUCCACCAAAUGUGACUGGUACUUUGCACAUUGGACAUGCCCUCACAGUGGCUAUAGAGGAUGCCUUGGCUCGUUGGAGACGGAUGCAGGGCUACAAAGUGCUGUGGGUUCCAGGGUGUGACCAUGCUGGUAUUGCCACACAGACAGUUGUUGAGAGGAGGUUGCUGAAGGAACAUGGGAAACGCAGACAGGACUAUACCAGGGAAGAGUUUCUACAGGAGGUUUGGAAGUGGAAAAAUGAUAAAGGAGAUGAAAUUUAUCAUCAGUUGAGGAAACUUGGGGCUUCGUUGGACUGGAGUAGGGCUUGUUUCACCCUCGACCAGGAUUUCAGUAGAGCCGUAACAGAGGCCUUUGUAAGGAUGUGUGACUCUGGCCUGAUCUAUCGCUCUGAGAGUUUAGUCAACUGGAGUUGUGCGCUGGAGUCAGCCAUUUCAGACAUUGAGGUUGACUCAAAGGAACUUUCUGGAAGAACUCUAUUGUCUGUUCCUGGUUAUCAGAGAAAAGUGGAAUUUGGCACCAUGGUCACAUUUGCAUAUCCCCUAGAUGGAGAGGAUGGGGAGGUUGCUGUGUCAACCACACGUCCUGAGACCAUGCUGGGAGAUGUAGCUAUUGUUGUGCAUCCCAAUGACUCCCGGUACCAGGCUCUCCAUGGUAAGCAGUGCAGACACCCAUUUACAGGCAGACUAUUACCCAUCAUCACUGACACCAUGGUGGACAUGCAGCUUGGCACAGGGGCUGUCAAGGUGACUCCAGCCCAUGAUCACACAGACUUUCUGCUCUCUCAGAGACACUCUCUCCCACGUCUCACCGUGAUCGGAGGAGAUGGCAAUAUGACGUCCCUGUGUGGAAAGUGGUUGGAGGGCGUGAAACGAUUUGAAGCUAGGGAACGAGUGAUGGAUGCAUUAAUGGAGAAUAAGAUGUUUAAGGGAAAGAGGGAUCAUCCCAUGUCUUUGCCUGUUUGCAGUCGCUCUGGAGAUGUGAUUGAACCCCUGCUAAAGAAACAGUGGUUUGUUCGCUGCGAAGAAAUGGCAAACAAAGCCAUUAAGGCUGUGGAUGAGGGAAAGCUGGAAAUAAUCCCUCAUUUUUACACAAAAACCUGGAGGAAUUGGCUUUCCAACAUCAGUGAUUGGUGCAUAUCCCGACAGCUCUGGUGGGGUCACCAGAUUCCAGCCUAUCGCGUGUCCCUGUCAAACCAAGACAGCGCACAGGAGGAGAUGUGGGUGUGGGGCAGGACUGAGGCAGAGGCCAGGGAACGCGCCGUCUCAAAGUUUGGACUGACUCCUGAUACCAUUACACUUACACAGGACCCAGAUGUGUUGGAUACCUGGUUUUCCUCUGGUCUCUUCCCCUUUGCCAUGCUGGGCUGGCCUCAGCAGACAGAGGACCUGAAGCAGUUUUACCCAAACACUAUUUUGGAGACAGGGAGUGACCUCAUCUUUUUCUGGGUGGCCAGAAUGGUGAUGCUUGGCACGGAACUGACCGGACAGCUGCCUUUCAAACAGGUGCUGCUGCAUUCUUUGGUGAGGGAUAAACAUGGGAGGAAGAUGAGUAAGUCUCUGGGAAAUGUCAUUGACCCUUUGGAUGUCAUCUCAGGUGUCUCUCUGGAGAGGCUUCAAGAGAAAGUGAAGGAAGGGAACUUGGAUCCAAGAGAGACGGCUGUCGCUAUGGAAGCACAGCGGAAAGAUUUCCCCCAAGGGAUUCCGGAAUGCGGCACAGAUGCCCUGCGAUUCGCCCUUUGCUUGUAUAAGGCCCAGGGAGAAGACAUCAGUCUGUCUGUGUCCCAGGUGUUGAGCUGCAGACAUUUCUGUAAUAAGAUGUGGCAGACGGUUCGCUUCACUCUGGGAGUUCUACAAGACAGGGACACACCACUGACAACUCUGUCUCAGACUUCUCCUUUGUCCAGUAUAGAUAGGUGGAUCUGCUCCAGACUGUACAGUACUGUAAGGCAGUGUGAGGAGGGUUUUGAGAACUAUGAGCUGCACAAUGUCACUUCAGCCCUGCACUCCUUCUGGCUCCACAGCCUCUGUGACGUCUACCUGGAGUGCAUCAAGCCGAUGUUGAGCCAACAGGACUGGGGCUCCGAUGGACAGAGCGCUGCAGAUGCAGCAUCGGAGACAGAGGGAGACAGAGGGAGGCAGGUGGCCAGAGCUGUUCUUUAUCAUUGUGUGUCCACCUCUCUCACCCUCCUCUCUCCUUUCAUGCCUUUCCUCACAGAAGAGCUCUGGCAAAGACUUCAACCCCACAGCCCAGAUUCCAGCAGUGCAGCUGCCAGCCUGUGUCUUCAGCCUUAUCCGAAGUCCUCUCAACUGACCCACUGGCACUUUCCUGAGGAAGAAGCUAAUUUUCCUUUGGUACAGGAACUAGUCAGGGUGGCAAGGUCACUGCGGGCGCAGUAUCACAUGACUAAGGAGAGACCUAAGAUGUGGGCAGUAUGUGCCCCAGACCAAGCUCCAAUCCUGCUCAAUUUCAGCUCUGCUAUUUGCACUCUGGGACGAAUCUCUGAAUUUCACCUCCACUGCCCUCAAGAGAUGGCUGACUCUCUCCCCCUCCCUUCUGCCCCACUUCCAACCAAAGGCAGUGCGAUGGGAGUAGUCAACCAUUCUUGUCAGUUACACCUAGAUGUUGAGAGUGGGGUUAAUGUCGACAGACAAAGUGCCAUGCUCUCCCAGCGCAGAGAGAAGCUGCGCUCCCAGCUUGAACAGUUGCUUUCUCGAGUGAGAGCGCCAAACUACACAGACAGGGUUCCUGAACAUGUGAGGCAGGAAACACAAAAUAGGAUUUCAGCCUUAGAACAAGACCUGAAGAACAUUGAGGACCAACUUUUGGUUUUGAGGAAUAUGAAAAAACAAGACAUGUGAAAGAAAACAAAGAGCUUGACAUUGAAUAGAUCAAAAUUGACAUUGAAGAGAGAAAACAGCAUGAAGUGGAUCUGACCGUU